GUCUCGGGAGAAACUUGACCUACGUAACAAUGUAACAAUGCUUCUUGAAGUCCCCAUCUGUGCUCUCCUCACCAGAAAGCCUUCAGAGGCUGUGGUGGCUGGGAUGCCUCACUGUUGUGUGUGUCCUCUGCGACUCGAAAAGAGCUUCGUUUUGGAUGGGGUGGCCGUGAGCACAAUGGCUCAGGCCUACGGCCUCACCAGGCCCAAGCUGUGGUCCGCAAUUCCACCUUACAACCCACAACUUGACUACCACACUCAUCGGUACUUCCGAAGCCACGUGGUUCCGCCCAUUUUGCGGAAAACUGAUCAGGAUCAUGGAGGUACAGGAAGGGAUGGCUGGAUAGUGGAUUAUUACCACAUUUUUGGUCAAGGACAGAGAUAUCUGAACAGAAGAAACUGGGCAGGGGCAGGGCAUUCCCUCCAGCAGGUCAGUGGACAUGAUUACUACAAUGCCAAUCCCAAGAAGAUAACUACAGGCUUGAACGGUCGAUUUGGCUACCGCCGAAACACUCCAGCCCUCCGUCAGCGCCCGUCAGUGUUCGGAGAAGUCACCCCAUUCCCUAUUUUCUGAAGACAUUGCUUCACAGGCCUUGACAUGAAUCUCCAAGCAGAUCUUUAGAUGAACUGUCAAUGCUAUUCUAUAUUUUUAAAUUACAUUUGUAAAAACGAAAACGGAAACAAAAACAAAAAGUUAGA